GGGCGGGCGAAACGCCAAACGAAACGAGGCGCUGCCCUGCCACCUUCGCCUCACGAACGCCAGCCUCGCUGUUUCCCCUCCCUCUCGCACCGCUCGUUCCCGUUUGCCUUCUUUCUCUCCUCCCCCCCGUUCAGCUUCCCGUUCAGGUUCAGGCAAUCACGCCUCCUCUCCUCUCCUCUCCUCUCCUUCUUCACUCCACUCCAACGCCCCACGCCCUCCCCCGCUUUAUAAGGGGGAGCUCCACAUCACCACCCUUCCCACACCAUCGCGGCAGCCACCGCAUCUUUCCUCCUCUUUCCCUGGAGCCAUUUCCUCCCCUAAAGGGCCUUUCCUUUUCUUGAUCUCUCUUCUAUCUUCGAUCCAUCCAUCCAUCCGGCCAUCCUUCCUAGAAUAAUCGAAAAACUUGCAGCUUUCUCGCGUUGAGAAAAGCUCCCGUUCCCAUUUGGAUGUAAAGCUACCCAAAUCCCAUUUGGUUGUGAAAUCCUCCUGUGCAUAUGUUGUGCUUUGCUCUCCUGACGACAAGAAAAAAAAUGUUCCGUCAAGCCUAAAAAAAAAGAUUAGUUUUCUGAAGAUUCAGUUUGGGGCGUCGGUGUUCGACUUUGCGGCUAUUUCUACCAACUUGUCAUCACUCACUCCGUUCAGGUGAAUUUCAACGAUGCAGUUCAGCAGUGUGUUUCCCUUAGAGGGUAAAGCAUGCGUGAGCCCAAUAAGGAGAGGUGGUGAGGGCUCAGCUAGUGAUAGAUUGAAGAUCGGGGACAGUAGCAGCAUCAAGCAUGAUAGAGCAGUGAGGAGGAUGUGUCUUGGUUAUAGGGGCACCAAAAACGGUGCACAAUGUGUGCUCACCUCAGAUGCUGGCCCAGACACUCUUCAUGUCCGAACAUCAUUCCGGAGGAACUUUGCGGAUCCAAAUGAGGUUGCUGCUGUUAUAUUGGGUGGUGGCACCGGGACUCAACUUUUUCCUCUCACAAGCACAAGGGCCACGCCUGCUGUUCCUAUUGGAGGAUGCUAUAGGCUUAUCGAUAUCCCCAUGAGCAACUGUUUCAACAGUGGCAUAAACAAGAUAUUCAUAAUGACUCAAUUCAACUCAGCAUCUCUUAAUCGUCACAUUCAUCGUACGUACCUUGGUGGUGGAAUCAACUUUACUGAUGGAUCUGUUGAGGUAUUAGCCGCUACACAAAUGCCUGGGGAGGCUGCUGGUUGGUUCCAGGGUACAGCAGAUGCAGUUAGAAAAUUUAUCUGGGUUCUUGAGGACUAUUACAAGCAUAAAGCUAUAGAACACAUUUUAAUCUUGUCAGGAGAUCAGCUUUAUCGUAUGGACUACAUGGAGCUUGUGCAGAAACAUGUUGAUGACAAUGCUGACAUUACUUUAUCAUGUGCUCCUGUUGGAGAGAGUCGAGCAUCUGACUAUGGACUAGUGAAGUUCGACAGUUCAGGCCGUGUAAUUCAAUUUUCUGAAAAACCCAAGGGCACUGACUUGGAAGCAAUGAAAGUGGAUACCAGCUUUCUCAAUUUUGCCAUAGACGACCCGACUAAAUUUCCCUACAUUGCUUCGAUGGGAGUUUAUGUCUUCAAAAGAGAUGUUCUUUUAAACCUUCUAAAGUCAAGAUAUGCAGAACUACAUGACUUUGGGUCUGAAAUCCUCCCAAGAGCUUUACAUGAGCACAAUGUACAGGCAUAUGUCUUCGCUGACUACUGGGAAGACAUUGGAACGAUCAGAUCGUUCUUUGAUGCAAACAUGGCCCUUUGCGAGCAGCCUCCCAAGUUUGAGUUUUAUGAUCCAAAAACUCCCUUCUUCACUUCACCUCGAUAUUUGCCGCCAACAAAGUCAGAUAAAUGCAGGAUUAAAGAUGCGAUAAUUUCCCAUGGCUGUUUCUUGCGUGAAUGUACCAUCGAGCAUUCGAUAGUUGGAGUCCGCUCACGCCUUAACUCUGCAUGUGAGCUCAAGAAUACCAUGAUGAUGGGUGCGGAUUUGUACGAAACUGAAGAUGAAAUUUCAAGACUACUGUCAGAAGGCAAGGUCCCCAUUGGUGUAGGGGAAAACACAAAGAUAAACAACUGCAUCAUCGACAUGAACGCGAGGGUUGGAAGGAACGUGGUCAUCACAAACAGCGAGGGUGUCCAAGAAAGUGAUCGGCCUGAGGAAGGGUACUACAUAAGGUCGGGAAUCGUGGUGAUCCUGAAGAACGCGACCAUCAAGGACGGGAAGGUCAUAUAGGAGAGCUCGCUGAUGCCACAGAUCUCUGAACCCUGAACCUGCAAAUGCAGUGCAGUGCGUCUUUUCUUGAGGGGUUAGGACAUGCAAGCUCGUUGAUUCCACAUGGCAGAGAACUCGAGGGAAGAUCCCAGGAAGACGGAUGAUCGAGAAAGAUUGUGUAGUACUAGCAGUUCUUCGCUCGUUAAAAUGUGUGUACUAAAUAACUAAUAAGCUGCCCCGAGUGAAGUAGCAGCAGCAACUUUUUGGAGGGUCGUUGGUGCAUCUCAUGUGUAAAUAAACUCAAAACUGGUAAAAAAAUGUAUCCAUCAUGCCAUUAUCUCCA